ACAGGCCAAAUAUUAUGAAUCCUUGAACGAAAGAUGACAAAACUUUGACAAAGCUGCCAAUUAAUAGAUAGACGGCUUAGUGGGGAAGUGUAGUGUAUUUUACGCAAAAUUUCUCUUCCAAAAACUGGAGUCUACCAUGAAUUUCCUUCUUCAGUACCUGAACACCGCUAUAAUCGGACUCUUUGUCACAGUUCUGAUCUCCUCCUGUUAUUUACUGAGUAGAUUCAACUCUAAUUCUUCCAGGGGGCGAAAAGCACCAGAAGCUGCAGGUAAAUGGCCAGUAAUCGGCCAUCUCCCCCUCUUAGCGGGACCCCAACUUCCUCAUCUUACCUUGGGAGACUUAGCCGACAAGUAUGGACCAGUCUUCUCCAUCCGGAUCGGCCUGUACCCAGCUUUGGUGGUCAGCAGCUGGGAGGUAGCCAAGGAAUUAUUCACCACGUUUGAUGUGGACGUUUCCUCUCGCCCAAAACUCACAGUUGGAAAGCUGUUGGGCCAUAACUAUGUAAAUUUCGGGUUCAGUCCUUACGGUGCAUACUGGCGCGAAAUGCGCAAAAUAACGGCCGCAGAGCUACUAUCAAACCGGAGGCUUGAGUUAUUUAAACAUGUUCGAGCCACUGAAGUGGAACUUGCAGUAAAAGAGAUCUACAAGCUUUGGAGCAAGAGUAGGAAUGAAGCAAGCCAUGUUUUGGUUGAGACAAAGCAGUGGUUUGGGGACCUGAAUUUGAAUGUUAUUCUGAGGAUGGUUGCUGGGAAGAGGUAUUUUGGUGCGGAUGCGGCAGCAGAUGAGAAAGAAGUCAGGCGUUGCAGGAAGGCGAUGAGGGAGUUCUUUGAUUUGGCUGGGCUUUUUGUGGUGAGAGACGCUUUGCCUUUUCUGGGAUGGCUUGAUAUUGGUGGAUAUGAGAAGGCCAUGAAGAAAACCCAUAAAGAACUGGACAGUCUUGUUGAGGAAUGGCUGCAGGAGCAUCGUAGGAAGAAGGAAGCUGGUGAAACGGCUGCUAAGGAAGAGCAAGACUUCAUAGACAUGUUGCUUUCUGUUCUUGAUGAUGUUGACCUCUCCGGAUUUGACAUUGAUACUGUUAUCAAAUCCACAUGCUCGACUAUAAUGGUAGGGGCCACUGAUACCACUACUGUUAGCCUGACAUGGGCACUUUCGCUAUUGCUGAACAAUCGCCAAGCGCUGGAGAAAGUUCAGAAAGAAUUAGACGACGUAGUUGGCAAGGAGAGGCUAUUGAGUGAAUCAGAUAUUGAUAAGUUGGUCUAUCUUCAAGCCGUAGUAAAGGAGACACUAAGAUUAUACCCAGCUGGACCGCUGGGAGGAGCACGCGAAUUCACUAAAGAUUGCACCAUAAGGGGCUAUUAUGUCCCCAAAGGCACCCGGCUGCUUAUUAACCUUUGGAAGCUGCAAAGAGACCCUCAGGUAUGGGCUGAUCCAUUGGAGUUCAAGCCAGAGAGAUUUCUAACGACUCACAAGGAUAUUGAUGUCAAGGGUCAACAUUUUGAGCUCAUCCCAUUUGGCGCUGGUAGAAGGGCAUGCCCUGGAAUAUCAUUUGGCUUACAAAUGACACAUUUGGUGCUGGCUAGCUUGCUACAUGCCUUCGACGUUACAACUCCUUCAAGUGGACCUGUCGACAUGACUGGAUCCCCUGGAAUGACGAACAUCAGGGCAACACCACUUGAAAUUCUUGUGAAACCCCGCUUGCCGAGUCAUCUCUAUGGAUAAAUAUUGCCUGAUUAAGCAUAAAGCACUCCAUGAAUUCACAUGUAAAAGUUUUGUAUGCAUGAGACAUGAUAUUAGCUAUGAAGAGAAUAAUGGAGUACUCUGUUUCUGAAAUUGUUUUUGCUUUACGGGAUGGGAGUUUGCCUUGUGUGGACCUGUUAGACCGGGCCUGUAAAUUUGUAUUGUAUUAUUUACUUUCUUCGUUUCUGCCA